AUGGACCUUCGGGGCACCCGAUUUGUUCUAUCGAGAGAUGAACUCUUGACGCUGCCCGAGUUUGUCCUUCUGUCGUUGUUCCCAAAUGGCCUAUUCCCGGAGGGGCACAUAGGAGGAUUUACUGAGGGCGAUGCAGUGCAAGUGGACUAUGACCCGGCAUCCCUGCAGUAUAUGCUGGACUUCUUCCGCACCGUUGCGCAGUCGAUACCUGUUGACUCAUCUCCGAGUGGUUCUCAGGAGGAGGAUCCCGCGACCGGAGACCCAAUGGGCUCAAGAGACGAUUCAUCGAAGAGAGCUGGCAUCAUCGUUCUGAGGGAGGAUCUCGACUUCUACGUCAUACCUCCACGGGCCGAUAUCACGCAACCAGAGAUGAUGGAAGUCAAGAGAGCGGCUGGGAGAGCUCUUCUUCAACAGACGGGCAUUUUCUCGGGUCUCAAGCGCAGUGACGAGCCCGGUACUACGGAAGCUCACCUCAUCGAAAUGCUUACAGCAGGCGGGUUCAAUCAUAACGACAACUGGGGUCACAGAGCAGGAGAACCGAAUAAGGCGGUCGUUUGCAGCCUGGCACUGGCACGCCUACGAAGCGAUAUCAGAGGUAACGAUAUGGGCAGUAAUGCCGUUGGCAUGGCGCAGAAACUGCUCCUCUUUUGGAGGAAGCCUGCGAGACGCUGCUGGUGGGAGGGAGUGGAGCUUGACAAUGUUGAGGGCAUUGAAGGAAAGCUGAAGGUCUGGAUCAGACGUGUUUGGACGCUGGAAAUGAGCGUAAUCGGCCUCCGAUGA